GCACAUGGCGGUGGUGGGCCAAUCAGCGGAGCCUGCGGGGGCAGAAAAGCCGGCAGGUCACACUCGGAUACUAAUAUCCACAUGACACGAGACAAACAGACGGUCAGGGAGUCGGGAAGAGACACCUGUCUCCCGGGUUUUUGAUUUUUACAAAAAGAGUCUAUUUUGUUUUGAAACAGGGUCGCUGGAUUCCACCUGGACCCGGGACGGGCAGCGAGACGGCCAGAUCGUCCCCGUGAGUUCUCACAAGGUAGAUGCACGACUACAGUGACGGAGCAAUGGCCAUACCCCGGAUGCUCAGCUCCAUCGCGACCGGAGGAUCCGAGCUCUCGUUUCUCGGCAAAGAGGACAGCGGCCGAGGUUGCGACGGGGAAAAGGACUUGCUGGUCCAAGCCAUCGCCCCGCAUCUGAGCCGGGUGAUGGCGCACGGCACCGCCAAACACGUGGUCGCAGAGGGGCACGAGGAGAAUCCCUGUGUCUCCAUAGUCGCACAGGCCGAGAGAGAAGACUUCCAGGAGUUCAGUCCUACGAGCACACAGUGCCCCUCGUCAAGACCUCAGCUGCUCAAAAAGCUCAGGUACCUCGCAACACGCAAAAUCCACACCGCUGCCUGUGUGCCUCAAACUAAAUAUACCCCCUGGGCAAAAUCUUUCCACCAGAUUUUGGGACACUGGCUGCGGGGAUUUGGUCCCGUUCAGCCACGAGAGCGUCAGUCGGGUCCGGCACUGAUGGUGGGUGAUCAGGCCUGGCUCCCAGUCCAGUUCAUCCCAAAGGUGUUGGAUGGGGUUGAGGUCAGGGGGUCGGGGCUCAGGCCUCUUGGCCAGGACUCUGCCCUCACGAGCGACACAGAGGACGAGGACUUCGACGGGGCCGCCAAACUCCCCAACCACCACCUGCGGAGGAAGCAGCGCAGGAAAACCAGGACAAGCCAGGGCCAGGAGGGAGGGGGAGAACCUCCCAUUAUCCGUGGUCUGUGGGUGCAGGAGAUCGAUUGGCUGGAAUCAGCAGACAGAGAGGCGACGUCGUCCGCUGAGAUCAUCCCGCCGCCUCCCCAGUUUACUGACUCAGUCUCAUGCUCCUGCAGCCAUGGAGACCUGAGCUCCUACAUAUGUGAUGAAGGCCGCUGCUGUGCAGAUGUGUGCGACUGUGUCAGAGGAUUAGAGGAAGUGUCACUUUCGGAGGACCGAUGCGGAUCGGUAGAUUCAGACGACACAUCCAGCACGGAUGACAGAGGAAGCUCGGACUCUGACUGUGGUCUGGAGCAGGACUCUGAAUCAAUUUGCACUCAUGAGAGUGACUCAGACUCAUCCUGCUGUGCAGAGGACGACAUACAAGAGCCAGAUAAGUUUGGAGUCGAGGCCGGCGUGCCAGAUUCGACCUUCGACCUGAUGCGUGUGUCUGGUUUUAACUCCCGUCAAGCUGAGUGGGACUUUGACCCCACAGGGUGCGUGCGAGGCCCGCUGGGACUUUCAGAGUCCCCCCACACCCCCAACACUGUGAACACGUCCCAGCGUGCCUUUGGUUUUGAUGACCUGAGCGAUACUGAAGCAGUUUUGGAGGAGCUUAGAGGCAGAGUGACACGGACGCCGAAGCUGUUCGUCUCACCUUUCUUCAGAGAUUUGAUGCAACGGUCUCUGAAUGUCUGGAAACACAACAUCCCUGUCAAUGAAGGACUCAUAUUCCAUCAUCAACUGCGGCCCAGCAGUUCUCAGUACAGGGAGGGAGAGGAAUACCACGUCGCUCACCACAUCCAGAACGGCUCCUACGGUGACGUGCUCUGCGUUCGGGACAAAAGGACUGGAUUCGAAUGUGCUGCCAAGAGGAUUCCACUGAGUCAUUUCAGCGGCGAGGAGGUGAGCACGUGGAGCGCUCUGAACUCCCCUCGGGUGGUGGAGCUCUUCGGGGCCGUGAGGGAGGGACUGAACGUCGUGCUCUUCAUGGACUUGAAGCCAGCUUGUCUGGCCCAGCUCCUAAAAGAGAUGAACUCCCUCCCCGAGGAUUUGGCCCUGCACUACCUACAUCAGACGCUGGGGGCGCUGGAGCACCUGCACCACAGAAAGGUCCUUCACCUGGACGUCAAAGUUGACAAUGUGCUGCUGUCUGCAGACUGCAGAGACACAUUCCUCUGUGACUUUGGUCUCUCAGAGACAUUGGAUGACAGCGGGUGGAGCGCCAAGGCAUUCAGGGGAGCUGCCCUCCCGGGCACAGAGACCCACAUGGCCCCAGAGGUGGCUCGAGGGGAUCGACUCUGUGCCAAGGCGGACGUGUGGAGCAGCUGCUGCAUGCUACUGCACAUGCUCAACGGAUGCCACCCAUGGAUACGGUACUACUCCCACCCACUGUGUCUCCAGAUUGUCAAUGAGCCCCCACCUCUGUGGGAGGUGCCGUCCAACUGUAACAACUUCACGGCCGAGGUGUUCAGGGCCGGGCUCCGGAAGGACCCGGGCAGGCGAGCGUCCGCCAAGGAGCUGAGGAGGAAAACCACCAAGGCCCUCAGAGCAGUUGGAGGUCUGAGUCCCUGGUCCGUCAAAACCGCCCGUGAGAUUCUGCACCACGGCAAGAACCAGACUGAAGACAGCCCCGGCUCCUUGUCCCCUGGGAUCACCCCAAAUAAACCAUCAGCUGCCGCCUCAGCACCCGCGAUGUACUGGGUGAGCCCCUGGAGAACUACAGCGGUGGAUGAGGACGGCAGCGACUGGGAAGACGGGGACGCGGACCAGGACUGUGAAGUGGACACGGAUUCCUUGACUAGGGAGUGGGACUCGCAGCCAAAAUCACUGCGGGAUGACUACGCCGCAGAUGAAAAAGACUGGGAAACUGGGUCUUAUUCAGAUGUGGACAUGUAUAUGGGAGAGGAGGAAUUUAUUCAGGAGGAGGGGACGAAAACCGACAAGGACUAUGAGGGGGACUGGGAAGAGGAGGGACAAGAGGAGGAGGAAGAGUGGGACUCUUCGGUGUCCACAGACUAUCUCCGUGCUCUAAGAGGCCUUUUCCCUUUGCUGCAAAAGGGCCAGCAGACCAAUGACAGUUUGUGGGGAUCAGAGCCGGAGCUGGAGUAUCUCAGAGACGAUGUAGCCAUAGGCACCAAGAUCCAGACCCCCUCCCCAGAACCUCGAGAUGACCCCCCGUCCUGCUUCAGCUGCUCGGAUACAUCGCAGAUAGAUGCCUCAGAGAAGGACUCUGACCGUUCGUCCGAUGACCUGAGCUCUGGGGUCUUUUCCUCCUGCAACAGCCAGACGGACGGACACCUGGAGUGGUUGGCCUCGGCGAAUCAGCCCUCCCUCUGCUGCUUUGAAGGUGUCGACAUCUGGAUAGAGAACGUCCAGGGCGAGUGCCUGAGGAUCCGUGAGCGCCGGCAGGUCAAAGUGGGCCACGUUGCUGUAGGAAUCAGUGAUCAGAUCUCGGGGAAGGCCUUCACCCUGGAGACCCUGGACAGGAAGAUGGUGUCCUUUGACCAGGAAAUCAAAGAGUCCUGUGUGUGGCUCCGCUGUGUUCCCGCCCCGGACACAUGUCAGCGCUGGAGGUGGAGGGUCCGAGACGGAAAGCUGGAACUCCAGGAAUGAAACGGACGUUUUUUUUUGGGGGGGGGUUGUAUUGUUUGCACUAACUUAGGCUGUGUUUGUUCUUAAAUCAAGUGGACUGAAAAAUACAUUUAUGUAAAAGCUGGAAAGCUGCUGCUUUUUGGGGAGAAAUGUGAGAUCAGUGAAUUUUAUCCUGACAUAGUUUAGUUUGUUAUUUUAAAAAUGGAUUUCUCUGAAUCGGCUCAAGCAUGUGCACGCACACAAAGGGAUCUGACUCCGGUUUCCAGCAGCUCUAAAUAUACUUGCACACAGGUCCAAGAACAAUUGUCAGGAAGAGACACGUAGACAUACAGGGAAAAAGAAGGACAACCAAGCUGAACGAAGACAGGUGAACAUGUGACUAUUACGGGUACCACUUUCCAAUAUGGCAUCAUCUUUAAAAGGUUUCAAAGCCGUAAUUAAUAGCUUUAUUAAUGGUUAAUAAAUUAUUUACCAAUGCUUUAUUAGGAGGUCAACUUUUGGGUUGCCAGUUUGUGGCAGCGCGACACUUUGCUUUUUUUUUUUUUUUUCCAAUUUCUUCAAUUCAUUAGUGAGACCUUUCCAAUGGA